GAAAUUAAACACACCUAUGAUUUUCUUAUAUGAAGCCUCUCAAAGUCUGAGUUCUUGUUCAAUACUACUUGCUCUCAAUUUUGUUACUUAAAAACUGGAUCUGCUCUAAGUUACACGAUGACUCUCGAUUACACAAGUCACCCGGCGGAGCUGGUCAAAGGAGGGGAGGUCCCUACAAACCCUAAAGUGACUGUCAAGGAUUUGCGCAAUGCGAUUCCUGAGCACUGCUUCAAGCCAUCUUACAAGCUUUCGUUUUGGUACCUUUUCAGAGACCUAGUUGUUGCUACAAUAACGGUGGUUGUAGCAUAUUUAUAUAUACCUCGAAUCGAGACUAACGUGCUUCGUUAUGCGGCUUGGGCUACUUAUGGAGUUAUUCAAGGACUAACGGCUACUGGCAUCUGGGUACUUGGCCAUGAGUGUGGACACUCUGCAUUCUCCCCGUCCGACAUUUUGAAUGAUACUCUGGGCUGGAUUCUGCAUUCUGCUCUCCUCACGCCCUACUUCUCCUGGCAAUCUAGCCAUCGACGCCAUCAUAUAUAUGCAAAUCAUUUGGUGAAAGACCACAACUACGUUCCCCUACCAAAGGAUGAAUAUGCCGCGCUCUUAUCUGUUGACGUUGGUCGACUAGAAGAGCUUGCUGAGGAUUCUCCCAUUUACACAUUACUACGCAUAGUGGCACAACAUCUCUUCGGUUUUCCAUUGUACCUUACAGCGAACAUCACUGCAUCUCAAGGUUCACUGAAUCAGGCUCAAUCCAAAACUAUUCUAGGCAACAGUCACUUCUCACCAGCGAGCACACUAUUUCGACCCGAGGAAUCACAUCUCAUUAUUCUUUCGGAUAUUGGCAUUGGCCUUGUCAUAUUUGGACUUUGGUACGCUAGCCAAAUAUUUGGUGGAUCCAUGAUUGCAUUGUUGUAUCUUCAACCUUAUCUCUGGGUCAACCACUGGAUUGUCGCUAUCACCUAUCUGCAUCAUACACACCCUGAUGUACCCAAAUACGAGCCGGAAGCAUGGACAUUUCUUAAAGGUGCACUUGCAACAGUUGAUCGGGAGCUGGGGUGGGUGGGAAAGCACAUGCUACACAACAUUGCCGAGUUCCAUGUUAUUCACCACCUAUUUUCACGUAUCCCUCAAUAUCACGCUGAGGAAGCGACCAAGGCUAUUAUGCCAUUGCUGAAAAGCUCUUACCGUAGUGAUAAGAAGCGAAACUUUUGGAUGUGUAUGUGGGAGUCUUUUACUAAGUGUCAGUACGUUGUUCCAUAUGACGUGAAGGCUAAGCUAGAAGAUCGUACAAUGGUCUACAAGGGUGGUCCAACGCCAACCUCAGAGAUCUUUAUGAGGAAGAAAGGAUGGGUCAAGGAGGUGAAUCAGAGUAAACAGUUGGGAUCUGCUGAUAGCUCAAGCAUUUGAACAAGUUCAAGGAGAGAAGAAUGCCGCGUGGUAAUAUGGAAUACCAGAAAAAGUCUAAUCUGUGCAGAGACUUUUAACUGUGUGCAUGGUAUAACCAUAUGAACGAUAAACUGUUGCAUUGCGAUUCAUGAUGGAUUUAGAGAGAGGAUAUAGAUUAGUUUUUUUAUAAGAAUAGACAAUUCCAUAUGACGUUUAAGAACCA